CCAUAGUGCUAGACAAGAAGGAGCCCGAAACCCUAACAAUCCAAAACUAACAAGCAGCCCGGGCACUAUGGCGCUCGCCGCAACGCGGCGCCCCGCCGCGGCGCUGCUGCUGCUACUGCCGAUACUGUUGCUGCUAACCGCCUGCGGUGGCUUCGCAGCGGCGCAGGCGCAGCAGCAGCGGCUGCAGCUGUCGCCCCUGACCGAGAGCGAGCUGGUCCAGGGGCUGGCGACGUCGUUGGCGGCUGCCACGCCCUCCGCAAAGGCCUUUGCUGGCGAUGCCGCUGCUGCUGACGAGGAGGAGGCGGAGGCGGGCGGCGGCUUAGGACCGGUGCUUUGCGACACGCUGGACUGUCCUAACUUCAAGGUGCUGGACCGCUACGAGGGAGGCGUGGAGCUGAGGCGAUACGACCCGGCCUCCUUCGUGUCCACGGUGCUGUCGCUGGACGAGGAGGGCUGCAUCGAGAAGGCGGCGGUAGCUGGGUUCCAGCGACUGAUCAAGUACAACUUUGGCGACAACGAGGACGAAAAGAAGGUGCCCAUGACCGCGCCGGUGCUGUACGCGCUGGACGUGGACCGCAAGGCCUCCUCCCGCCGCGCGCUGAGGUGGCGCGACCGCUUCAGCGUGUCCUUCUUCCUGCCCUUCCGGUACCAGGGUUCCUCACGCUCUCCGCCGCGGCCCAGCAACCCCGACGUCUUCCUGGUGGACGUCAGGGAGGUGGAUGUGUUCAUCCGCGCCUUUGACGGCUUCGCCACCGCCUCACGCAUCGGGCGCGUGGCCAGUGCCUUCAUCCGGGACCUGCAUGACGCCGGCCACAAGAUCGACUGCCGUACCGUGUACGUGGCGCAGUACAGCCCGCCAUUCCAGCCCGUGUUCCGCUACAACGAGGUUUGGAUCUUGCGCCGCCGCCGCGGCCGCAAGACCUCCGGAGGGGAUGAGCCCGUGGACCCGUCUGACGUGGACCCAGACCAGCCCGAGGCGCCGUACGACGAUGAUGACGAUGACGAUGACCCGGCCCGUGGCGACGGCGUGGAGGGGGAGGAGUGCGGCGCGUGGCUGGACGGGGACGCGGAGGCGGAGGCGGCCGGCCAGGGUGGUGACGGGGGCGGGUGGCUGCAGGCGGUUGCGGCCUGAAGGUGGAAAGGGGCGAUUGGCAACAGGGUGUGGAAUGGGUGCAUGCAGGAUUGUAGGAUGUAAGGAGUAGCAGCUGGCGAAUGUGUGCGCAUCCGCUGUAUACGCAUGGGUUUCGCGUUCCGGAGUGUUCGACGUACGUUGUGCACGACGCAUGAAAGAAUGCCAUGCAUGCGGUAAGGCGGUGGUAUGUAUCGGUGGCUGCAUUGGUGGUUGCUGCGUUGAUUGCGGUGCUAUGCGGUGUCGUGCAACCGGGCGCUGCACGAGGCUUCGGGCAAGUUGCAGAACACACAUGCAGGGGAGAGAUGCGCAGGCACGGCUGCAGUUGACUAUUGCGAGUGGUCAAGUUGGGCACAGCGUGUAAGACAAUACGGUU